AUGUCUUGGGACACAGUGAAUGUGCAAGGAAUCCUUCUCGUGAACGGCACCGACACGGCCGAGUGGAAAUACGUCCUCGAUGUGACCUCAAUCUUCUCACUCGACCCCAGCCAUUACCCACCCGGUUAUCAAGGAUACAAACUUGAUCCCAUCAUCGGGGCCGCAAACCCAAACAUAACCUGCGGCCGAGCAGCAUUCGAUUCCGCGCCUCGGACCCAGACAGCUGACGUGCUUGCGGGUUCCGAGAUUGGCUUCCGAGUCUCGGCCGACGGCAAUGGCAACAGAAACGCUGAAUACUCACAAUUCCCAAGCUUCUGGCAUCCGGGUCCCGCGCAGAUUUACCUCUCGCGCGCCCCGAACGACGACCUCCAGAGCUACAGAGGCGAUGGUGCCUGGUUCAAGAUUGCCUACGCAGGCCCCUUGAACAAACAGAACUGGUCGCUGUGGCCAAGCGUAUCCGACUUCAACUUUACCGUCCCUAAAACUACGCCGCCUGGUAAAUACCUGCUGCGCAUUGAGAACUUCAUGCCUACGGCGCAUACCGGUUACCUUCAAUUUUACAUCAACUGUGCUUUCAUCAACAUUAUUGGCCCCGGUGGGGGCACCCCGACACAGUUUGUGACGUUCCCUGGCACAUAUCAAGACGAUGACCCAGGCUUUCUCGUGCCCCCGAACCAAGACUUGAUGGGUGGGCCCGUGAAAGCGGAUGGAAUGAGGUUGAUGGAGUACAACCCCCCCGGUCCGCCUGUGUGGACGGGGUGA